CGAGUGUGGAUUCAACAUGGACGAUCUUUCUUUGUCAUGAACACCGCGGUCGACCUAAAAUUUGGUCCGAAAAAACACAGGUGGAUCUUGGAGUAAGAUGUCCGAUGAAGCCAUGUCAGUCUCUAGUCCUAUGCAGGACUCUCUUGCCGACUUAGCAUCUAUGCCUGCCCCUGGCCAAAUGGCCGAACAAUCUCCGAUACCAUCUCAAAUGCCUGCUCCGUCACCGAUGUCACAGUCCGGUUUACCAAUGGAAAGCCCUCGCCCGAUGCCUACACCAAGCCCAGGUUCCAUCCAUGGGGGUCCAAUCUCUAGUCCGAUGGGUGGACCUAUUCAUAGCCCUAUGGGGGCUCCAGGCAUGAUGCAUGCCAACAGUCCAAUGUCUCAAGGUCAAAUGUCAUCUCCCAUGCAGAAUCCAAACGCUAUGCCCGGUCCGUCCCCGAUGCCCAAUCAGAGUCCGAUGUCCCAUCAUCAAAUGUCGUUGCAACAUCAAGGACAGAUGCCGAUGGGUAACCAGGUCGGGAACCAGGCAGCAAUGAUGAGUCAAAACCCAAUGGGUAACCAGCCUCCGAUGCCCAGCCAAGGAAAUCAGGGACCCAUGAUGAACUUGGCGACUACAGGGAACCAUGCAUCAAUGGGUGGUCAUGGACCAAUGAUGGGUAAUCCCGGGCAAAUGGGUAACCAGGGAUCUAUGAUUAGCCAAAGCCAGAUGGAGAGUCAAGGCCCAGUUGGGAACCAGGAAACCAUGAUGAAUCAAGGACCCAUGGGAAACCAGGGUCCUCCAAUCAGUCAAGGCUACAUGGGCAACCAGACCUACAUGGGUAGCCAAGGUCCAAUGGGAAACCAGGGACAUACAGGUAGUCAAGGAUUCCAAGGUCCAGCAAGCAGCCAAGGACAUGCUGAUACCCAGGGGUUCAUGGGUAGGCAAGCCCCAAGUGGGAUGAUGCCCAAUCAAGGAGCAAUCGCCAACCCAACGCAGAUGCCUACCCAGGGCCCCAUAACAGGGCAGUCCACAAUGCCGGCCCAAGGUCCAAUGCCUGUUCCAGGACCUGGACCUGGCCCAAUGACGAGCCAAGGAUACAUCCCCAACCAAGACCCAAUGACCAAUCAGAUGAGCAUGAUGAAUCAAGGGCCAGGCGGUAGCUCGGGGCCCAGUCAAAUGCCCCCCGGGCCCAGUCAAAUGCCCCCCGGGCCCAGUCAAAUGCCCCCCGGGCCAAGUCAAAUGCCCCCCGGCCCCAUACCCGGUCCUAUACCCGGUCCAGGCGGGGCAAUGCAAGGGCCAACGCCACCUCCUCCUUCAGGACCAAUCCAUGGGCGUGAGCCACCACCUGCACAGAGUACCAACUUCCAAACACAUUACAACUCGUUGCAAAGGGCAAUUGAGAGCAUGCAAGAGCAAGGAAUGCAGAAUGAUCCGCGAUACAGUCAACUGCUGGCUGUAGCCAAACGAGCAAAGCAUCAGCAGCAACAGAACAUGGCAGGGUAUGGUACCCCGAUGGACUCCAACGCUCCGCCAUCCGGUAGCACCCAGCCACCAGGGAUGGCACCCACGCCCCCUGGCUCUAGGAGUAGCACCCCCUUCAGCCCGCCGCAGCUCCACCAACUGAAAGCCCAGAUCAUGGCAUAUAAGCUUCUCACCCGCAGUCAGCUCAUCCCGGAGAGCCUCCGGCAGGCCGUGCAGGGGAAGCACUCGACCAUGUACCAACGGCCUGGUGGUAGGUUAUUGAAUAGGCUAUCCAUGGGAGCCCAGCCUCCAAUGGGUGGCCCACCCACCAGCACCCCUGGCGGUCAAGGCUCAACUGGACAAGUACCCAGUCAGUGGCCACAACAACAACAACAACAGCACCCAAUGAGUGCCCCAUCAGGCAACCAAGGGGCGCAGAGGACACCCAUGCAGGCAAUUCAACCACAGAUGUCCCCACAGCAGCAACAACAACAGCAGCAGCAGCAACAGCAGCAACAACAGCAGCAGCAACAACAUCAACAGCUGCAACAGCAACCACCUCCGAAGCAGAUACCUACCGUGAUGAUGUUACAGCCCAAGCAGAAUCGCCUGAUCUCAUUGGCUAAGCCUCAAGGACUGGAUCCUGUGGAAAUCUUGUCGGAACGGGAAAAUAGGAUCACAAGUCGUAUUGCUUUUCGUAUCCAAGAGCUUCAGUCACUACCAGGGUCCCUUCCUGAAGACCUACGUAUGAAGGCCACAAUCGAACUGAGGGCUCUUAGACUUCUCAACUUCCAGAGACAGCUUCGUCAGGAAGUGGUUACGAGUAUGAGGCGGGACACCACCCUAGAGACAGCACUAAACUCCAAGGCAUACAAACGUAGCAAGCGUCAGUCACUGAGAGAAGCAAGACUAACCGAGAAGCUUGAGAAACAACAGAAGAUGGAGCAAGAACGAAAGCGAAGACAGAAACACCAGGAAUACCUGAGCUGUGUUAUGCAACACUCCAAGGACUUUAAGGACUACCAUCGUAGCAUUCAGGGCAAGCUGAGUAAACUCAACAAGGCCGUCAUGACGUACCACACUAACACUGAGCGCGAGCAGAAGAAGGAGAGUGAGCGCAUUGAGAAGGAACGUAUGCGCAGACUGAUGGCUGAAGAUGAAGAAGGCUACCGACGUCUUAUUGAUGAGAAGAAGGAUAAACGUCUUGCGUACCUCCUGAGUCAGACCGACGCCUACAUCAACAGCUUGACCGACCUCGUCAAAGCCCACCAGGAGCAACUGAAGAAGCGCAAGCGGGAGAAGCGCAAAAGGAAGAAGGCUGAGUUAAGUGAUGCCUUGCAGGAUGGGUUGACGGAUGAUGGUAGCCAGAUGAGUGAUCUGACCAUUAAGGUCAUCAACCGCGAGACAGGACACAUUGUGAGCGGGGAAGAAGCGCCGAAAGCUACCCAGCUUGAGGCUUGGCUAGAGAUGCAUCCUGGGUACGAGGUUGCACCGAGAGAUGAAGAAGGCUCCGAGUACGAGUCUGACGAGGCUUCUGAAGAGGAGGAGGAAGAAGAAGAAGAACCACCCAAGAUAGAGGCACCACCAGAACCCGUCCCACCAGAGGACUUAAUGCAUGAGAUCCAUCACACUACCGAUGAUGAGUACAAUGCUAAGAUCUCUGGAUACUACGGAAUCGCUCAUGGCAUCAAAGAGGAAGUCACUGCACAACCAGAGAUGUUGGUCAACGGAACUCUUAAGGAAUACCAGGUUAAAGGGUUGGAAUGGAUGGUGUCCCUUUACAAUAAUAAUCUGAAUGGUAUCUUGGCCGAUGAGAUGGGAUUAGGAAAGACGAUACAGACCAUUGCUUUAAUCGCUUACCUCAUCGAGAAGAAGAGAGUCAGCGGACCAUACCUCAUCAUUGUUCCACUCUCAACUUUGUCCAACUGGGUAAUGGAGUUUGAUAAGUGGGCCCCCACCAUCACCAAGGUGUCUUACAAAGGGUCACCAACUCUGAGACGCACCUUAGCGACUAACCUCCGCACCAUGAAGUUCAACGUUCUCAUUACCACCUAUGAAUACGUCAUGAAGGACAAGGCGGUCCUCGCAAAGCUGCGCUGGAAGUACAUGAUCGUUGAUGAGGGUCACCGAAUGAAGAAUCACCAUUGUAAGCUGACGCAGGUCCUCAACACUCAUUACCUUGCUCCUCACAGAGUCCUGCUGACUGGAACACCUCUCCAGAAUAAACUCCCUGAGCUGUGGGCCUUGUUGAACUUCCUGCUUCCGACCAUCUUCAAGUGUUGCAGUACUUUCGAUCAGUGGUUCAAUGCCCCAUUUUACUCCACAGGAGAAAAGGUGGAGCUAAAUGAAGAAGAGACGAUUCUUAUCAUCCGUCGUCUCCACAAGGUGCUCCGGCCGUUCCUCCUCAGACGUCUUAAGAAGGAGGUAGAGUCCCAGCUCCCAGAAAAGGUGGAGUACGUGAUCAAGUGCGACAUGUCAGCAUUGCAGCGCUUGCUGUAUCGUCACAUGCAAAUCAAAGGAGUUAUGCUCACUGAUGGAUCAGAGAAAGAUAAGAAGGGGCGUGGCGGUACCAAGAUGCUGAUGAACACCAUAAUGCAGCUGCGUAAGAUCUGUAAUCAUCCCUUCAUGUUCCAGCAUAUUGAGGAAUCCUUCUGCGAGCAUCUCGGUCAGACUGGUAACAUUGUCCAGGGUCCUGACCUCUACCGUGUCGCUGGUAAAUUUGAGCUUCUGGAUCGUGUCCUGUCCAAGCUGAAAGCACACAAUCAUCGUACUCUGCUCUUCUGUCAGAUGACCUCCCUCAUGACCAUCCUGGAAGACUACUUUAUAUUCAGAGGAUAUCGUUACCUGCGUCUUGACGGUACCACCAAAGCUGAAGAUCGAGGAGAAUUACUGGUGAAGUUCAACGCUAAGGACUCGGAUAUCUUCAUCUUCCUGCUAAGUACAAGAGCUGGAGGGUUGGGUCUUAACCUCCAGGCAGCUGAUACUGUGGUCAUCUUUGACAGUGAUUGGAAUCCACAUCAGGAUCUGCAAGCUCAGGAUCGAGCCCAUCGUAUCGGGCAAAAGAACGAGGUCCGUGUUCUGCGCCUCAUGACAGUCCAGAGUGUUGAGGAGAAGAUCUUAGCAGCGGCUAAGUUUAAGCUGAAUGUAGACAAUAAGGUUAUCCAGGCUGGUAUGUUUGAUAAUAAGUCAACGGGAUCGGAGCGGAGGGCUUUCCUUGUGGCUCUCAUGGACCAAGAUGCCGAUCAAGAUGAGGAGGAGAACGAAGUCCCAGAUGAUGAGACGAUCAAUCAGAUGAUCGCUCGCACUGAGGAGGAAUACGAGGUCUUCCAGAGGAUGGACAUCGAGAGGAGACGCCAGGAGGCGAGGGACCCCAACCGUAAGCCCCGCCUCAUGGAGGAGGAAGAACUCCCCAGCUGGCUCAUCAAGGACGACAAGGAGGUGGAGAGACUCACCUUUGAGGAUGAGGAGGAGAAACUGUUCGGGCGUGGCUCGCGGCAGAGGAAGGAUGUCGAUUAUGGAGAUUCACUGACAGAGAAGGAGUGGCUUAGGGCCAUCGAGGAAGGAAACCUUGAUGAAGUCGAAGGGAUCAAGAAGCUCAAGAAACAGAGAAAGCGAAAGUAUGAGUACAUCGAUGAAGAGGAUGAAGAAGAAGAAGAGGAAGAACACAUCCCUAAAUCUUCCAGCAAGGCGGAUAAGACGGCCGUCAAGAAGAGGCGUGGCCGUCCCCCGGUUGAGAAACCAUCGCCGAACCCACCCAAGUUGACUCGAAACAUGAAGAAGCUGGUUGAGACGAUGACGAGUUACAAGGACGGACAAGGUCGACCUCUCGCUCAUCCGUUCCUCUCCCUGCCCCCCAAGAGGGAGUUACCGGACUACUAUGAGCUCAUCAUGAAACCCAUGGACUUCAAGAAAAUUAAGGACCGCAUCCGUCAACAUCGCUACCGAGAGAUCGAUGACCUGGAGCAUGACGUCAGUCUCAUGUUCAGGAACGCUCAGACUUACAACUUGGAAGGCUCACAGAUCUUUGAGGAUUCCAUCGUUCUCCAGUCAGUCUUUCUUAGCGCUAGGAGCUGUCUUGAGACAACAGGGCGUCUGCCAAACUGUGGAGAGGAUGAAGAAAGUGAUGAGGAGACAGAAGCAACAUCAGACUCGGAAUCAGCUCGCUCAUCCAUGAAAAUGAAGAUCAAAAUCAAGCCAGGUAAAGGCGAAGGCAAAGGAAAGGGACGAUCCAAGGGAAAGACACAACCGGUCAAGAGAGGGCGGCCUCCACGUAAGCCUGUCGUCAGCGAUGAUAACGAUGAUGAUGAAGAUGAUGGAAAGAAAGAUGACUCUUCAAGUAGUAGUAGCAGCGAGUCAGAUGAGGAUGAUUCCGGCAGUGAUGGAAACCCAACACCUGAGUCUUCACGUCCAUCUUCAAGAGGUGCAUCACCAGCCAUGGGUCACAAAAAACGCUGAGAAGUCAAGCUCAAAACCCAUCCACCAUGUUGGUUUUAAUGGAGGUCUGUCUUUGGGUUAGUCUGGUAGCUUGUCUUUCGAUUUUUGUGUGAUGAUUCUUGUGUCUGGGAACUAGACUUGGCGUUUCGUUGGUUAUCAUAUGUGAAGGUCACGUCACAUUCAGUGCGCAGAGAAAUAGAACUUCAGUACAUUAAAAUGAAAGACUUCUGAGGACACUGGGUGGCAGCAGACUUAUAGAGUAAAACCAUUGCUCUUUGAAAUGUGUUUGAAAUUGCACAGAAUUAUGGAAAUGCGCAUAAUUUACCUGCUGCCACCUUGUCAUCAAAAAUUUAUAUGAACACAUGAAAGAAAACUGGGCCCAAUUUCAUUAAGCUGUUUAGCAGAAAAGACUGCUUUGCAAAUGUUUGUGCUCUGUAAGAAAUGAAUGCGGCACCAGUUGCAACAAUGUCAACUUUACAGAAUUUUGACUGCAAACAAACCAGUUUCUGCUAAGCAAAAUAUUUCUGUGCUUAGCAAGCUUUCUUCAAUCAAGACAGGAUGUAAUUAUGUACAUGAUACUUUUCAUUAGUUAAACAUGUAGUUUAUUUUACAUAAAGAUAUUGCUUGUUUAUUUCACUGAAGCAGUUGGCGUAAAAAAAAUCACUACAAAAUUUUCAACACACGCCAUGUUUGUUCAAUGUAGAGUGAUUGUAGGGUUUGAUUUUUAGUCAUGUGGAUAGAAAAGUGGCAUUUCAUUGGUCUUUUGUUUCUCUUCCUUGCAGUAUUUUGUUUACAGUUUCUACAACCUAUUUCCCAAAGUUUAAACUAGUAACAUGUAACUAAAGUUAGUAUGUCUUUUCACAUCAAAUUUUCAAAUAAGUUUACAGUUUUUUCACAACUAAUUCCUUCAGAUAUUAAAGCUACUUUUAAAUUCUAUUUUCCAUAAUAUAUUAAUCGUAUCGUCAUGUAGUGGUAUUGAAGUAAAUGUUUCAAGGUAUGUCAAGGUAAUUGUUGAUGUCAAAGAUUUUGUUGUGAAUUUUGGUUUUAUUUUAUUGGAAAAUGUUAUCAAAUUGCAGUCAUCUUGGUCAAUUUUCUGCAGCCGAUUUCACGAAGCGCUAGGAUAAAUCCCGUUUUUGAGUUAGGGUUCAAUGUGUCUUACGUCUAUGGAUACGGAACUUAACUCGUCCUAAGUUCUAAGAUUAAUCCUACGUUAGGAAGAAUUUGGAGAAAUCAAUGGCUGGAGUACAUGAUAUGCGAUGAUAAUUGUAACUCUCAUUUUAUGAUGGGGGACCUAGCUAUUUUCUCUGCCAAGCAUAAAGGCCGAGUCACACUGCAGCGAUAACGAAAACGAUAACAAUCACGAUGCAGAGAGAACGCAUUCUAUUGGU